AUGUCUGAAAAUCAAGAUAACAAAAUUGAAUUAUAUUGUUGGAUAUCCUCAUAAAUAUUAAUUGUUGUUUUGGCAAUUAUAUUGGGUUGUUGUCAUUAUAUUGAAAGACGCAAAUUCAAAAACAAAGUAUAAAAUCUUUUGAGAAGUUUAGUUGAUUGAUUUUAGAGAUAUCAGAGAUACACAUCAAUACAAAUAUAACCAAAUAGAUCCAAUAUUAGCACCACUUAAUGGAUGA